AUGCAGCAAUAUGUUCUCAAACUUGUUCAUGAGUCGUCACACUUGGGCAUUGUUAAAUGUAAACAAAGAGCUCGUGAGGUGUUCUUUUGGCCAUCAAUGAACUCUGAUGUAGAGCAGUUAGUAAAAAAAAUUUCAAAAUGUGCAACUUAUCAGAAAGCACUUUCUAAAGAACCACUUAAUCCAUCAAUUCCGUCUACAUUGCCAUAUCAAGAAAUUGGAACUGAUUUGUUUGAAUUUCAAGCAAGGAAUUACGUAAUAACAGUUGAUUAUUAUUCUAAAUUCAUUGAAGUUGACGAGCUUCGUGAUAUUUCAAGUAAAUCUGUGAUAAAUGCUCUGAGGUCUCAAUUUUGCAGACUUGGGAUACCAAUCUUAAUACGUUCUGAUACUGGAAGUCAGUAUAAUUCUGAUGAAUUCAGAAAAUCUUGUAAAGCAUAUGGUAUUGAGCAUAAAAUGUCAAGUCCUUACUUUCAAAGUAGUAAUGGAGAAGCAGAGCGAUGUAUUCAAACUGUCAAAAAUCUGUGGAAAAAAUGUGAAGACAAGCAUCUUGCAUUACUUGACUAUAGAACAACUCCACUGGAAGGAAUUGGUUUAUCACCUGCACAACUUCUGAUGGGUAGACACACAAGAAAUACAUUGUCCAUAGCUACUGCUUUGCUCGCUCCAUCAUUUUUUGAUCGAAAUGAAGUACGACGAAGAAUGGCAUUACAGAAAGCUAAACAAAAAUACGAUUAUGACAAAUCAAGUAUGAUAGAGCAUGAUGAACUGACAAAGAAAGAUGAUGUCAGGAUGUCAUCAUUACCUGGUUAUAAACAAUGGAAACCUGCUGUUAUAAUUGAUCAUCAUCAAAACCCAAGAUCAUAUAUUGUUCAAUCAAAUGGAAGAAAAUACAGAAGAAAUAGAAAGCAUCUUUGA